UUACAAAAAGAUUUUUUUUAGCAAAUUGGGGUUUAAAUGUAAAGGGUUCGCGAACAUGCCGGCCAUCAGCAGCGAGAGAGCCACGCUGUGUGCGGGCUGUGGGGGGAAGAUCUCAGACCGCUAUUACCUACUGGCGGUGGACAAACAGUGGCACAUGCGCUGCCUCAAGUGCUGUGAGUGCAAACUGGCUCUGGAGUCCGAGCUGACCUGCUUCGCCAAGGAUGGCAGCAUCUACUGUAAAGAAGACUAUUACAGGAGGUUUGCUGUGCAGAGAUGUGCCAGAUGCCACCUAGGGAUCUCGGCUUCGGAGAUGGUGAUGAGAGCCAGGGACUCAGUCUAUCACUUGAACUGUUUCACGUGUCACAGCUGUAACAAGGCGCUGAGCACCGGCGACCACUUUGGAAUGAAAGACAGCCUGGUGUACUGCCGUCUGCACUUCCAGGCCCUCAUUCAGGGCGACUUCCAGCCACGCUUCUCCCACACGGACGCGGGCUCCAAGGGCGUGGGGCUGGGGCCAGGGCUGCCCUACUAUAACGGAGGGGGCACUGUGCAGAAAGGCCGUCCCCGCAAGAGGAAGAGCCCGGGGCCCGGGGCAGACCUGGCAGCUUAUAACGCGGCGUUGAGUUGUAACGAGAACGACGGGGAUCACAUGGACAGGGAGCAGCAAUAUCCUCCCUCUCAGAAAACCAAACGCAUGAGAACAUCCUUCAAACACCACCAACUGCGGACAAUGAAGUCUUACUUUGCCAUAAACCACAACCCAGACGCCAAGGACCUCAAGCAGCUCGCACAGAAAACAGGCCUCACCAAGAGGGUCCUGCAGGUUUGGUUCCAGAACGCACGCGCCAAGUUCCGGCGGAACCUUCUACGGCAGGAGACGUCAGGCGGUGAUAAGGGCUCAGACGGGACGGCUCUGCAGGCGGCCACGCCCUCCGGCCCCGCCUCGGAGAUGUCCAACGCCUCGCUCAGCCCGUCCAGCACCUCCACCUCCACCUCCACCUCUGCCUCCGCCUGCACCACACUAACGGACCUGACCAUGCCCGCCAUGCCCACCAUCACCCCUGUGCUGACCGCAGUGCCCAGCGGCCUGGAGGGGCAUCAGAGCCAAAGCCCCCCACACCCCACACUCACCAACCUCUUCUGAGAAACUCUUUACACUGGAGACAACAGAGUCAGCGAGGCACAGACACAGAGAAUCUUAGUUUAAUUAUAACUGUAUUUUUUAUUAGAUGCUUUGUACAACUGACUAACAGCACCACAACUCUGAACUCGGAGAGAGAGCGAGCGAGCGAGCGAGAGAGAGAGAGAACGAAAGAGAAGCAAUGAGGAUGGAGACAGCACACGGGUUGUGGGGAAUGCCUCCCCCCCCCCCCCCCACC